AUGGCACGUUACGAGAAACCCGGACAAAGAAUAACAGACGCCUGUUAUCGCGCCGAUCGGAGCAGACUAAUGCAGCCUGACAGAUGCCAACCGGCAAAGAAUAAGUCGAGAUGGCCACACCUGGGCAGAUUUAGUGGCUGCACGGGGGCCGGGCCAGAUGCUGUCAUCACUGCCGGCAAUCGUGCAAUCGCCCUCCUCUCUUCUCCAUCCAUCUCCUCCUCUCUCGGCACGCUUGAUACCAGCUACUGGACUAGCAUCUUCUUGUUUUCUUUUUUUAACAUUACUGUGAUGUACCUCGGCAGUUAA